GUGAUCCCAGCAAGUCAUCAGAAGCUGUGCCAGUGCCUGGAGACCAGGCUGAGUGUAACCGGGCUGAGCCUGUGCCUCACUCCUCCUCCCAUCCUGCUGCACAGUACACGGCUGUAAUUGGAAUCCCUCAUACACAGGGAGCUGCUUGGUUUGUUGACAAAGUGGAUGAAUGAGUGGAUAAACUCCAGCCCCGUCUAUGACAUUACCCACCACAAGCAUCAGAGGGAGAUGACGUUCAUAGCAGUCUAGCCCAGCACAGGCUAAUGAGCAGGCUUCACAUAUGCACCUAAGUAGGACCCUUUACUUGACUUUUUCCACGCUGGCGAGUCCUGGACUGUAUUCAUUAGGCGUGACAGCUCUCUCUGUAUAGCCAUAGCACACGCUGCUGCCCCGCGUAGUGCUGAUCCUCUCCUGACAGGGGACUGGAUGACUGCUGGCACAUUCCCGAUUUACUGGCAACUUUUAUCCUCCAGGGACUCACUUCAUCGCCUGCUGAAAAUAUAGACAGACAACUCCCCAGAAGAGGUGCCAGAUACAGCACCAUGAAAAAGAUGUGUCACAAACGUCCCAGCAGAUGGCUUAGACCACAGGAUUUCUCCACAAUGCUAUCAAUGGUCUUUCUAAUGUUUCUGCCAGCAACUGACAGCUUGAAACAGAAUAUUCCUCGGCUCAAGCUUUCUUACAAAGACCUACUUCUGUCAAACAGCUGUAUCCCAUUCGUGGACUCAACGGCUGAGAGCUUGGGGUUUCAAACCCUAUUGCUUGAUGAAGAGAGGGGUCAACUGCUUCUUGGAGCGAAGGAUCAUAUCUACAUGCUCAAUCUGGUUGAUUUAAACAAAAAUAUGAGAAAGAUUCACUGGCCGGCACCUAAAGAAAGACUGGAAUUUUGCAAACUCGCUGGGAAAGAUACAGACGCUGAAUGUGCAAAUUUCAUUAAAGUCCUUCAUCACUACAAUAAGACUCAUGUAUAUACAUGUGGAACUGGAGCUUUCCACCCUCUCUGUGGGUAUAUUGAAGUUGGAAGCCCCAAAGAGGAAACAGUAUUUAAAUUUGACCUGCAAAACCUGGAAUCGGGAAGGUUGAAGUGCCCCUUUGAUCCUCAACCGCCUUUUGCCUCCAUAAUGACAGAUGAGUAUCUCUUUGCUGGGACUGCUUCAGAUUUCCUUGGCAAGGAAACAACAUUUACACGUUCCCUUGGACCACCUUUUGACCAUCAUUUCAUCAGGACGGAUAUCUCUGAUCAUUAUUGGCUGAAUGGUGCAAAAUUUUUUGGUGCAUAUUCUAUCCCAGACACUUACAAUCCGGACGAUGACAAGAUUUACUUCUUCUUUCGGGAAGCAUCUCCAGAAGGCAGCACUUCUGAAAAAACAAUAUUUUCUCGGGUUGGAAGAGUCUGUAAGAAUGAUAUUGGAGGCCAGCGCAGUUUAAUAAAUAAAUGGACAACGUUUCUGAAAGCACGCUUAGUGUGCUCCAUCCCUGGUCCUGAUGGUGGUGACACAUAUUUUGAUGAACUGCAAGAUGUAUUUUUGCUUCCAACAAAGGAUGAGAGGAACCCAGUGGUGUAUGGAAUUUUCACUACAACAAGCUCUAUAUUUAAAGCAUCUGCUGUGUGUGUCUAUAGCAUGGCGGAUAUAAGGGGAGUAUUCAAUGGCCCCUAUGCUCAUAAAGAAAGUCCAGAUCAUAAAUGGGUGCAAUAUGAUGGAAGAAUUCCUUAUCCUCGCCCUGGGACAUGUCCAAGCAAAACGUAUGACCCGGUGAUCAAAUCUACCAAAGAUUUUCCAGAUGAUGUGAUAAGCUUUGUGAAGAACCAUCCCCUCAUGUACAAGUCAGUGUAUCCCCGUCAUGGUCGACCUGUGUUCACCAGACUCAAUGUGGACUACAAGCUGACUCAGAUUGCUGUGGACCAUGUUGUAGCAGAGGAUGGCCAGUAUGAUGUCAUGUUUCUUGGGACAGAUGUUGGAACUGUUCUCAAAGUGAUCAGUCUUGCAAAAGAUAGCUGGAAUAUGGAAGAGGUUUUACUGGAAGAGCUGCAGAUAUUUAAGCAAUCAUCACCAAUUACAAACAUCGAGCUAUCACUGAAGCAGCAACAACUUUACAUUACAUCUCGUGAUGGCCUAGUUCAGCUGUCGCCACAUAGGUGUGACACAUAUGGGAAGGCGUGUACAGAUUGUUGCCUUGCAAGAGACCCUUACUGUGCCUGGGAUGGAAAUUCUUGCUCACGAUAUAUACCAACAUCAAAAAGGCGCGCAAGAAGACAAGAUGUGAAAAAUGGGGACCCUCUUACACAAUGUUGGGAUGUGGAUGAGCGAACAACCAAUGAAGCUCCAGAGGAAAAAGUAAUAUUUGGAAUUGAGUUCAAUUCUACUUUUUUGGAAUGUGUUCCUAAGUCACAGCAAGCAUCUAUUACAUGGUUUAUUCAGCACACAGGGGAAGAACGUCAGGAAGAGAUAACAGCUGAUGAAAGGGUGAUCAAAACUGAAUAUGGGCUUUUAAUCCGCAGUCUUCAGAAGAAAGAUGCUGGAAUAUACUAUUGCAAAGCACAGGAGCAUUCUUUUAUUCACACCCUGGUAAAGCUCACUGUUAAGGUGAUAGAAAAUGAGCAGAUGGAGCAAACACAGAAGAUGGAAGAUGAUGAGGGUAGAGGCCGAGAUUUAAUAACAGAGUCAAGACUUAGGUACAAAGAUUAUUUACAGCUCCUAAGCAGCCCUACCUUCAGCAUGGAUGAGUAUUGUGAGCAGAUGUGGCACAAGGAAAAGAAGAGACAACGCAAUAAAGGUGGUGCAAAAUGGAAGUAUGUCCAAGAGAUUAAAAAGAGCAGGAACAGAAGACACCAUGAACAAAGGGAGAAGAGUGCUAGAAUUUUAUCUGCAUAGACUGAGCUUGUGGUUUCUUUGGACAUUUCCAUACUUAUUCCAUUGUGUACAUUUCUUGUAUUAAUAUUCCUUUUUCAAAUUGGAAGAAACAAUGCAUAUAGUACAAGACAAUGUAGUACCAAGAGUAUCAUAGAAAGUGAUGCCAAUUCACAUUUUUGUAUUACAGCUUUCAGAAAAAAAAUGGAAUUAAGGGGGUUUAAAUAUACUUUUUUGUGUAGUUUUUUUUGUUUGUAGCUCCAUCUUGUGGGUUAAGUUAAUAAUGACUGGUCGUUCAGGCUUUUAUUUAUUAAACUAUGUAUUUAGGUGUUGCAUUCUCUUCCUUUUUGUAAGUUAUAAAUAUUGGGAUGUUUAAAGUUAGUGUUUACUUGUUGUUGUUGUUGUUGUUGUUGUUGUUGUUUUGUUUUACUAUGGGAAAAUUGUAUUUUUGUUAAGACUGCCUGAUUGAGAAUUUUGUAUUUUAAUUGUACUUCUACGAUAGUGGUGCAGUAAGUGUAUAACUAAAACAAGGCUAGGCACUCCUUUCAAAACAUCUGUACCAGUAUUUUACUAGUGUAUAAACAUUAGUGUUUUAGUAAUUCCAUGAAUUGUUCUUUUGCAUCAGUCACUACAAUAACAUAUUCACUUUUUUAAAGUAGCAGAAAAAUGGUCUCAAAACUUCAUUAAGUUCUCUUGCAUUAGGAAAUUACGCACAAUCUAAUAAAGAUAUUUGUUUAAUUAAUUAAAAUGUAAUUCUGAAUUUAA